AUGUCAUUGGGCAGCGGUUCUCCCCUGGCGCCGAGCGUGUCCCCCCCCGCGCGGUGGGAUGGCGGGCAGCAGUGCGUGCUGCACGAGGUGACGCGCUUCGACACCCUCGCCGGCAUCGCCAUCCGCUAUGGCGCCCAGGUGCGCCCACCCGAGCCCAGCUCUCCUCGUGCCCACCUAGAUAUUCUCGUCAUUACUGCCGUGUCUUCAUGCCCUCCUCGUGUGCACCUCGUCACUCUCCUUCCCGCCGACCCUUCCCAAGCGCACGUCUAUCUCCUGCAUCGAAUUGAACCAUUCCAUGCAUGCAUCGUGUUUCCAUCCCGCCUCACUCAUGCGCUGCUCACCGUGCGCGGUGUGCGGCGAGCAGGUGGCGGACAUAAAGAAGGCGAACCGCAUUUCGACGGACUCGCAGCUGUUCGCCAUGAAGUUCAUCCGCGUUCCGCUCUCCGCCUCGCCGCCGCUGCUCUCCCCCACCUCGUGCAGCCGUGCCAGGCAUCUCCUCCUCUCGCUUCCCCUCUUGCUCCCAACCCUUUUUCCUCUCUCCCCUUCUCGCCCCUCUACCCGCACUCAUUCACCUGGGAGGCACCUUUGUACAUUUCGAUUGGAUGGAACCCCCCCUUCCCCCCCAAGUCACCUCUCUCUGUCUCGUGUUAUCCCCCUCAUUAUCACAUCGCACCCCCCUCCCUGCACCCCCAUCUUGCCACCCUCGUCAACCCGCCCUCUCGCAGUUCCAGUCACGCGGGGAGCAGCCAGCAGUGCACAGAGCAGCACGGCACGGGCAGCUCGUCGCCAGCAGCCACCACCAGCGCCGCCAUGGCUGGUGGCAGCGGGGGCGGGGGCGGGGCGGGGUCGCUGUCGGAGGCCAUCCUGCAGCUGGUGUCGGCGCAGGCAGCAGCGGAGCACGCGGAGGCGCACAGUCGCAACCUGGCGGCGGCAGAGGCGGCGGGGCGGGCGCGCGCGUCGACGUUCUUCUUUGUGCAGAUGCGCGAGGCGGAGCAGUACGUGUCGUCCGAGGGCGAGCAGCCCUCUCCCCCCUGCCAGCGCGGCACGUCCCUCUCCGAGGGCGAGGGCGACGAGGGCGGGCGGCGCCUGUCGUGGCUGGGCGGAGGGGUGGGGGGGUUCUACUCCGGCGCCCAGGGCAGAGGCGCUGGUAGAAGCACGUGGACUGGGGAAGCCAGACAGACCAGCGCACAGGAGUUUGGGUGGGGCUUGGGCGUGCAGGAGGGAGGUGGGGGAACCAGCACUUGGCGAGGGGGAUAUGGUAGCGAGGGAGAAGGGGGGUGGGCGAGUGGGGAGGAGGAGGUGGGAGGCAGAGGGGGUGGGUCGUCUAGACGGCGAUGGACGGAGCAAUCGGCAAGUGGGAGUAGAGCAGGCAGGGACGGGGGACUGGGAGUGUGGGGGCUCAUGUCGUCAUCAGGGCCGGGGCUGUUCGUGCGGGGUGGGCAGGAGGGGGCAGGGUCGCUCACAGCAGCGGCGAAUCUGGGGGCAGCAGCUCGAUGGGGGGGGAGAGUGGUGGAGGACCUGCUGUGGCGCUUCCACAAGUCCACCAGCUUCUCCACCUUCAAGAACGCCGGCCUGCUCAACGCCUCUGCUGCUGCCGGGGGCCUCACGCGCUCCCCUCUGCGCCGCGACCCCAGUGGCAGCCUGAGCGCGGGCAUCGACCUGCCCUCCACUCGCAGCUGGUCUCGACCAUCGUCUGCCGCGAGCGCUGUGGAGGUGGGGGGCAGCAGUGACGGGUCGGUGCUGCUGGGCUGCAGCACGCCCAUUAAGGGGGGCGAGGGAGGGGUGUGUGAUGAUGGCAGCAGCACAGCGGUGAGCGGAUCUGCUGUUUACGGGAGUGUGACGCGGCGAGGUGUGAGCAGCAGGAGGGGUAAGGGUGUGCCUGCUGACAUUACAGGCUGA